AUGGAUCAGAGCGCUCCUCCACCCCCGCCGCCCAAGUCGGCCAUACCCCGUCGCGGGCCUCCUCUCACAGCUAUCCGAACAGACCUUGCUCAACAGCAGUCGCACUUACCGCAGCCGCCGGCGCAACAACAGCAACAACAGCAGCAGCAACCACAACCACGCCCCCGUCCGGUCCUACAAAAACCUCGCCCCCAACGCCUCCGACCUGCCGAAGUCGUCGCAAACCAACCUCCAAGCGUCCCCCUCCAACCCGAGCCAAACAAAAGAGUAGCUUCCAAAACCAGUCUCCGGGGUCUAUUUGCACGAAACAAAGCUCUGCGCGAGGAACGCAAGACGGAAGCCAGUCUCCCCGCUGUUGGGGAGCGGCGCGGGUCGGCGACUCCAUCAACCACGGUACCGGAUACCCCGCGGUCAAUUGCGCCAACAUUCGCUUCGGGAUCGACGUUGCAUGCAUCAUCGCAAGCAGCUACGCCGACGGAAUCCACGUUCAAUUCGGAUAGGCCGGGUAGGAGUACGAGAGUGAAACCGGAACCGAAAUCGAAGGUCUCUUCGUCGUGGACUCCUCCGCCGCUGUUUCAAGCUUAUCCGCAGGCGUCAAAGCAUGCACGGCUUGCGGUUCCUAAUAUAUCUCCGGAUACUAUUCUGCGCAUCCAUGCCACGCAAGCUGGGAAUUUUCGCAAUCCGUUGCAACCGGGUGAGGUAGAAGGUGGAGAUGCGGAUGCUGCAAAGAAGGGCAAGAAAGACGCCAAAGAUAAGAAACCCAUGAAACGCGGUGGAGCCAAUGCCCUGGAUCAGAUUGUGUUUCUCAAGAAGAUAUUUGUCUUGGUGACGGCAGGCUACUUGCUUCAGUACUCUGGAGAAGGGAGCUAUGAUCGACUCCCGGAAAAGAUUAUGCGCCUUGGCCCAGCGUCAGCCGCAUUUGCCAGUGACUCUAUUCCGGGAAAACAUCAUGUUUUGCAGAUAUCACAAAAGUCUACGGAUGAUGGUACGGCUCCGGCAGCUGUUGGGCGCACGUUUCUGUCCAGGUUUGUGCUGCAGACUGCCGAAUCGCGUCGAGCCGUACGGACGUUUCUGGUCGUCAUGUCUAGCGCGCAAGAGAUGAAUAAUUGGCUUAUUGCGUUAAGGAAGACAAUCGAGUCUCUGGGUGGGAAGAAGUACGUUCCAGAGCUAGCAACAGGAGAGGACAACGAAGCCCCAGAAGUCCCUAGCAACACUUUGCUCGCUCACCGUGGCUCACGACUCCUGGCUAGUCGCAAAUCGAGUUUGAGAGAAUCCAAUCCGCCAUCUCCGUUAUCCGACUCGUUUCCAGUGCCUCCUUCGGCAACUUCCACUCAUAGGAAAAGUUAUUAUCAAGAAGAGGAACGAGAGCAGCAACCAGAACAACAACCGAGAGUCCCUAGCCCGGUAAAGACGGUGAAUCGCCUAUCGAUAUCCGGACCUCUGGAUAUUGUGACGAUUCCUUCCACGACUAGCACAUUUGGGGAUUCUGAUGUAAUAUUUGAAAACCCACGAGAUGCCCCUCAACCAACACAGCCGACUAAAACUGCGGCAAGUUCUACUCCGCCAAUGCCUCCUCCUGUCGAGACGCCUGCACAAUCCCCCACGAUAACUCCACGAUUGCGAAAACCUUCAUCGUCUUCUAGCAAUACCAAUCGGCGCUCAUUGACGGCGUAUACUUCGACUCAGUUGGAACGUCAAGGAGAGAUUGCUAGAGCCAGUCGACCGUUGUCGUUUGUUGGGAACAACCCUGCUAAUGCUGUCCCAUCUCCCUCCACACAGAAUACAAGCACACAUAACCCGAAUGUACGACAUUCUAUUUUACGUGGUGACAGUUCACGGUUAAUCCUUUCCGAUGAUUCGACUUCACGAAAGACGCCUACGACGGAGCCUGUACCAAAAGUCCCUAACAGACUGGUGGAAACCUCUACAUCCAGUAUUGGGGUAAAACGUGACCUGAACACACAAAGGCGACAGUCAUUGAUCUCAUCAAGAAGCGCGACUCCGACUAACAAUUCAGCUACUGCAACCGCCAGAACGAUUCCCACUAUCCCACCUCGUAAAUAUUCCUUGACGAGAUCGGAGAGUUCCGAGUCAGUGACUCCUGCAACUGGGACUCCGAGAUUCUACCAGCAGAAUCCGUUACCAGAUGUGAACCAUACGCCUCGCCUGCCGCAACAAAGACUGCCGCAGCUGACGCAAUCGCGGCUUCCAUCUGUUAAUGAAAAGGGGCGUACUUUGACCCGGAUGCCGAAGAUUAACAGUAACGCUUCAGAGUCCACAACGCCUACAUCUACUCCUCCGCCAAGCAACCUCGCUAGAUUUGCAUUGGGUAAAGAUCGAGCAAAUAGGGUAUCAUCUUCGGCAGCUAAAGCGCGAGAGCCUCCAAGUCGAAGUACGUCCGCAUUGAGCCAUCGACAACCACGCCAGACCACAAUCGCUCCUGCUCCCUCAGAAGAACUGCAAAGUCGAACCACAACCCCAGCUUCAUCUCCACAAACACCGCAAACACCCCGAGAAGAAUCAAGCCGGCGCAGCUCGCUCAUUGCCUCUCAAUCACAAUCCCAACAAACUUCUCCUCGCACUCGCCGCAACCCGAAUCUCUCCUUCCUACCACCGGCUCCGCCUCCAAACAUGCCUCUCCCCGAAGCACCACCCAACAUAGCCUUUCGCCACAUCCCACUAUGGCAAAAGAGACAUCUCCAGCAACCGUCCCAUCCACCACCCUCCCAAUUACCCCAAGCACCUCCUAUUCAGCCACCUCCACAACAAGCACAACAAACCCAUCUCCCGCGCCCAUCAAUCUCAUCCUCACCCCUAACAUCAGCAGCAUCCUCACCCGCUCCCCCUCCCGCUACCGGCUCAUCAACACCAAACCUAAACCAACAACACUCUCGCCGGCGAAGCUCCGAACUGCGAAGCCUCCACCUGCAAAUGGCGAAUAUGCUAAACAACAGCAUCAUGCACAGGAAACAGUCAGACGUCUCUCUUGCGGGUACCACCACUACCACCACUACCACAGCGACGAAUACGGCUAAUGCGACGCCGACGUCGGAGUUUCCGCCACCCCUGGGUUUGAACCUGCAAUUAAACCCAUAUCCGCAGAGACGCAGCCAGUCACCGCAAAAGCGGCCUAAUCCCUCAUAA